AUGUCUGUAAUGAAAGAUUCGUCGUUGGGUAUGUUGGAGAAAUGGGAGUCCCUUACGACCAGAGUCGAGGAAACACAAAUGGCGAGCGCGCUUCAUCGCGAAUUGACAGCUUUGCAAACGGAAUUCAAAGCAGCACACGACAGGCUCUUCUCUUAUGAAAUCGCAUUGGAACAGCCGCACGUGUUGGAUGAGCGCAUCAAUCGUAUCACGACCGAACUGGCUGCGUUGAGGGAUCGCAAGGCGGCGAUGCUGGCUCUGAACGUCUCCACGCACAGACUGAUCACCGAUCUCGGUAAUUCGGCCUCCUUGAUCUUCACGGUUCUCAAAGACGGCGUGGCGGAUCUCUAUCGUGUUUGGGACGAAACCUUCCAAAAGGGAAAUCAACAAUUGUGCGCCCUGCAAGCAGUCCAGCAGUUUAGUAUACGUUUGGCGGAGCUUCAGUGCGCAUUGCGAAGGGAUAAAGACACCCUUGCCGUUUUGGACGUUGCUCUGCAAGCAGGGGCCACGUCGGAAGUUGCUUCGUCUGUUCGUCACGUUGCCAGGUUACUGUCCGAGAAACAGGACAUGAAUUGUCAGAACUGCACCGAGUUGAAAGACUCGAGCACGGAGGAGGUGAGCAGCGGGGCGUCGACGAAAUUCGGCGACUCGUCGCCGAUCAGUCUGACCCAGGAAGAUGGCUCGUUGUCCGACAGUGGCAUCUCCGACAGCGGAAGCGAGCAGGAGCUGAGCGAACGUGAACGCAGGCUGGCUGCACUUCGUCGAUUAACGCGCAGUUUGGAGAAUCAACUGGCACCGGGAAGCGAGGCGCUCGGCCAGCUUUGGAAAAGAGUCGAGGACACGGAAACGAAACUCCGUGAUCUUCAGAAACAGUGCCGGGAACUGAUCGUACGCACUGCGGCAAGUGUCGAAGCACGGGCCUCCAAGCGGACGAGCAACAGCCAGGUCCAUCACUACUCAGACAAGCGUAAAAAAACCAGCCCGACGGAGAUGGCGAGAGGAAAUUCGGAGCGGAUCACGAUGAUCACUGCGAAAAGUGGCGUGACGGAUGCCGGGGAUCCCGACAACGAGCCAGGACUACCUCAAAGUUGGGUCUGGCGUAUCCUGAGGGCGGCAUUACCCUUUCAACUAGCUCUGGUCGCUCUAUUCUGUGCCGCUUGCCUCUUGGAACCUCAUUGUUGCGAGGCUGCCAACACUCUAAAUCUAUCUCUCACCCCUCAACUACGAUAUGUAAGGGGACCACCACCGGUCUGA